AUGGAUAGAAAGCAUGGAAAAUACGUAGUGAACGUGGAACUCUCUGGGAAACAGCUGCCACGCACAUGUACAAAUGACCAAGAAGCUCAGCAGCCUGCGUGCUGGUGUCCACCUUCAAAUGAUGGAACUGCAAAUGUCUCCUCCAACUUGUCUGGGGUCUAGGUGAGCCCAGGAAUCCUUGCACACUCCGAAUGCCAAUACCCAGAGCCAUGCAGCACACAGGUGGCUGGAAAUGGCUGUGGUGAUGGGUCACUAUGGAAAGCCUUCCUGGCUUCACUCUUAGCCUCUGUAAUAACAACAGCGAUUGGAGUUCUCAUACUAAGCCUGGUGAAUAGAAACAAUUCCCCCAUUGUCAUCCAGGUCUCCUCAAACACUGAAGCCUCUACACUUGCACCUAGAACAACCUCUAUUACGUCUCAAACCACAGGGUCUACAGCCACCUCAACAUCCUCUGAAACUGUAGCCACAGCAGCCACCGUGACUUCUACUGAGCCAGCAAGGACAUCUGCUUCAACCCAGCCAACACCCACUGCAACUAGCGCCACAACAACCAUGGCCAUGACUUCAACUCAACCUGUGACCACAACAGCCACCACCGCGACUUCAUCUGUGCUGACAAGCAUCACCGCCUCAACCCAGCCCACAACCUCUGCCGCAAACGUAAGUUCAACUCAGCCUGCAACCACGUCAGCAGCGGCAUCAAGUGGAACCACACCCGCCGCCAGUGCUGCCGAAACUUCGGUCCCUGAAUAA